AUGGGGAAUUCUCAGGGCAAGCCUGUGGUCUUGACCGAUGAAGUCAACCUCAAUCACUUUCGCCUGUUACGGGUCGUGGGCAAAGGAGCCUUUGGGAAGGUUCGCAUUGUAGAGCGCAAAGACUCUGGUUUGACGUUUGCUCUUAAAUAUAUCCGCAAGGAUGAAGUGGUUCGAUCUGAAAGCGUUCGCAAUAUCAUCAGAGAACGGAGAAUGCUCGAGCAUCUGAACCACCCCUUCUUGUGCAAUCUGCGCUACAGUUUCCAAGACGUCGAAUAUCUGUAUCUCGUGGUCGAUCUGAUGAAUGGUGGUGACCUUCGCUUUCACAUCCAGCGGAAGUCCUUCACCGAGGACACGAUCCGCUUCUGGAUGGCCGAGCUGGCUUGUGCCCUUCGCUACAUUCACAGUCAGGGUAUCGUCCAUCGCGACCUGAAGCCGGAUAAUGUGCUACUAGACUCGGAGGGUCACGUUCAUCUGGCAGACUUCAACGUCGCCUCCGACUUCAAGCCAGGGAAGCCUCUAAUAAGCAAGUCAGGAACCUUGGCAUAUCUCGCACCAGAAGUGUUCAGAGGUCAAGGAUAUUACAGUGAAGUUGAUUGGUGGUCGUUGGGGGUGACCAUGUACGAAUGUGUUUAUGGGAAGAGGCCGUUUGAAGCACGGACUCACGAAGAAUUGGUCGACGCAAUUUGUGCGGCUAACCCCCGAUAUUUUGUUACGAAGCCUCCGGUGUCGAUGCCAUGCCUUCAUGCGAUGACAGCUCUAAUCGAGAAAGACCGACGAAAACGAAUCGGCGCCACUGGUUUCGAUACCUUCACCUCGCAUCCCUUCUUCACUAGCAUCAACUUUGAAGCGCUGGAAAGAAAGCAAAUCCCUCCCGUGUUUAUUCCCUCCAGUGAAAAGACCAACUUUGAUGCCACCUACGAUCUGGAAGAGUUGCUCUUGGAAGAGGCCCCCUUGGAGGCUCGAGCGCGGAAACAGAAGCCGCGGGCGGAACUGCGCAACGAUGCUACGAGCAAGGAAAUUCGGGAAGACGAACUUCAUCGCAUGAUCGAGACAAUGUUUGAGCCUUUUGAUUAUACCCUGGCCAGUUAUGAUGUGAGUGCGGCAGCUGCAGUUGCUGGCACCGUGCCGGAAGAACAUGUCGAAUUGGAUAUUGCUCAACCAGACUCACAUUCUGUUCCUACCUCGCCAGACGGAUCGCCACCGAUAUCACCCACCGCAGUCACAUCGCCUCCACGGGCCGAAGAAAGCUAUCCACCAUUGGAUGAACUGAAAGCGGCAGUGCCGCAAUCUCUACCAUCUGGACCACAUGGUCGACCCGCCUCUUCCUCGAAAUCAUUCAGCAGACCUAUCCCUCCUCAGCGACCGAUGCCCGCCACGCGGCAGACAAGCAAAGGGGGCGGAGUUCAAAUGGUGUUGGACGAGUCGGGAAGCUGGACGAAUUUGGCCGAUCAGACCGCUCCGCACCCGCAAGACAGCUUGGGCGACGGAGGUAAACUGGAGAAGAGCAGUGGCAGUAUGCUAGGGUUCCUGAGCAGGAAGAAGGGAAGGGAUCGAAGUCCCAAACCAAAAGAGGCGGGCGUUUUGGGUAAGGUUGGAGCGAGACAUAUCAUCAGCUAA